AUGAAGGCAAUUGGAGCUCUUUCCCUCAUCUCUGCGGCUGCUGUGAAUGCUGCCACUACAUACGACUAUGUCAUCGUCGGAGGUGGAACCGCCGGUCUUGCUGUUGCAGCACGCCUUUCUGAAGAUCCCAAAGUUACUGUUGCCGUGCUCGAGGCUGGUGGAACUGGAUUUGGCAAUCCCAAUGUCACCGACUUGAGGAACCGCUACAUGCCGUUUGGCACUCAAAUCGAUUGGGUUCUCCCAACCGUCCCUCAGGCUGCGGCCAACGGCCGAGUCUAUACCCAUGCUCAAGGCAAGGUCCUUGGCGGUUCUUCUGCGAUCAAUGGGGCGGUCUACAUCCGGCCCGCCAAGGAGGAAUACGCGGCAUUUGAGAAGCUCGGGGCUACCGGAUGGUCGUUUACCACCCUUCAGAAGGCCGGUUUGAAGAGCGAGAAGCUUACAAUGCCAACCACCAAGCUUGGCGGUGUCCUACCUAAUCCGGCUUAUCACGGAACCAACGGCCCAGUGUCUGUGACGAUCCAGAACAACGUAUCUAGCUUCUUUAAUGAUGUCGCAGUACCGACUAUCAAAAAUCUCGGGCACAAGUGGAACCCGGACAAUAACGGAGGUUCCCCCAACGGUGCUACUCCGGUCCAAGUGACUAUUUUCCCCAAUAGCUACAACCGGUCGUACUCGCCCAACACAUAUUACCUGCCGAAUGCUGGACGGGCGAACCUUCAUGUAUUUACCGAUUCACCUGUGAGCAAGAUCCUUUGGAAGAACUCCACUGCCACUGGAAACGUAUUGGCCACCGGAGUUGAGUACCUUAAUGGCACCGAAGCUCAGACCCUUGCGGCCAAGAACGUCAUUGUUUCGGCUGGUGCUUUGCACACACCCAAGGUUCUUGAGCUGAGUGGUAUCGGUGACCCAACCAUCCUUAAAGCCAUCGGGGUCCCUGUGAAGGUCGAUUUGCCCGGUGUUGGAAAAAACCUUCAGAACCAACUUGGUGUCAAUGUUCAGUAUAGACUUAAGAGCGAGAACAUUACCGCUGGCGCGGAGACUCAAGCACCCAUCAUCGAGGUUGAGCCUGCUCAAGUCAUUUUGUCCGCUGCCGAUCUUGCCAAAUCCGAGCAACUACUUUCUACUAAGACUGGAGAGAUCUCCCAAGAACAAUUCGACAUCAUGAAGUCGCUGAUCAAAAACAAGGUUGCCCAGACUGAGAUGAACUGGAGUCUUGUUAAAAACGCGGACAGCACCUUCAACAUUCAAUUCUACACCACGGACCUUCACACCUUCUCGCGCGGGCAAGUGCACGCGAGCUCUUCUGAUCCCACCGCGAAGCCCACCCUCGACCCCAAAUAUCUAUCCGUCGAACACGAUAUCUGGUAUCUCUCCCGCGCGGUCGCCUACACUCGUAAUAUCACUGCGGCAGAGCCAUUGGCAAGCUAUAUUGAAUCCGAAGUAACACCUGGUAGCAAUAUUACUUCGCCUGAUCAACUUGAAUCAUGGCUCAAGACCAAUUUCCGCACCAUGUCUCACUUCGUGGGUACUGCCGCUGCAGUCCCCAAAGCCAAGGGCGGUGUUGUGGACCCACGUAACUUCAAAGUUUAUGGAACCCAAAACGUUCGCGUGGUUGACGCAUCCACCAUUCCACUCCUCCCUGGCAUUCAUACUAUGUCCUUGGUGUAUGCGAUUGCCGAAUAUGCUUCCGAGCGCAUUAAGUCCACCUGA